GGACAAUUGCGUCUACCGCACCGCAUUAUGUCUCAAGUUUGUGCAGCGCUCUAGCUUCUGGCACUUUGGCCGGAACCCUCCUGGUUGGUUCCAUCUGGACCUCCAGACCGACCGACCGACCGCCCGCCGGCCCACCCGCCCUCCGGGGCAACGAGUCCCGCCAAUUCGCAUAGGUUGCCGCGAGAACGCUGCGGCAACGGCUGAGCCAUUGUUAAAUCGCUGCAAAUGGUAUCGGAAGCAUUGAUCUCCGGAACAGUCUCUACGCUGUCAUGGAGGGAGAGUCCGCCACUCCGCCCAACACGCUGGCUCCGCCGGCCGUCGCCUCGCUGAGGGCCGGCAUGAUGGAGCGGUCACUGAGCGAGAACAUCCGCGAGGAGAGGAAAGAGCUCCGCGAGGCUGCUGAGCAGACCCUCAACGUCAUCCUAGAUCUCAACAUCGACGGGACCAUCAGAUGGGUCAGCCCUUCCUGGGUCGACGUCAUUGGGACGCCUCCGGAUUCGGUCGUGGGCACCCGGAUUGCCGACCUUAUCGUGAGCGACAACCCCAACAUCUUCUCCGAGGUAGUCGAGGGCAUGAAGCAGGAUGACGGGCGGAGCCAGUUCAUCCGCUUCUCCGUCCAACUGGGGCCGCUUUCCAAGCUUCUGCCCCUGGAGAUGGUCAAGGAGCCCGAGGGGCCUGUUCAGCCCGUCGUUGUCGACCUGGAGGCCCAGGGCAUCGUAGUUUACAGCGGCCCCUCGGGCGGGGAAAGCCAUACCAUGUGGAUGAUACGCCAAUGGGUUCCGCCACGCGAAAUCAAGAUCGACUUGCCUCCAGUAAUCGUCGACUCCCUGGGAUCCGGCGCGCAGGUGCUCGCGAGCUACCUCACUCAGCUCGCAGAGUCGGGCCUCGAUGACCCGGCACAGCAUCCUCCACCUCUGCCUGUCCUUUGCCGGAUCUGUGAACGCCAAAUCUCGCCUUGGUGGUUCGAGAAACAUACGGAGCUCUGCUUGCAGGAGCAUCGCGCUGAGAUGGAGGUCCAGAUGUCACAGGAAGCCCUGACUGAGCAUCGCCAUGCCAUCGUCAAGGUGCUUGAUGCGCUCGAGGCGAGACACAGCCGGUCCCUGGCGGGAGGAGACCAGACAAACCUACCACUCGCCGAAUAUAAGGGCCUGCCGAUUGGCCCUCCGACCUCGUCAAGCUCGUCUUCUGGCAACUCGUCCCCCGUGCCUGGUUCAGUCCCUGGCCGGUCGCGUGAUCGGUCUUCCGGCUUCGGACACGCGCGAGCUCGAUCGUUUGCCAUCCGUAGACCGCAGGCGAGGAUAGUCGAACUUCUGAUGGACUUGUGCGACACGGCUAUCGAGAUUAGCACCCCGGCGAUCAAGGAGUCGUCCCAAACUCCGGGCGACUUCCGCACCCAGUCGCCGCAGUCCGAAAGCCGGAUCGCUCAGGUACUCCAGUGGGAGACGCCCGGCACGAAUACUCUCGAGCAGGAGCAAGGGCUCGCCCUGCUUUGUGCCGACACCGAGAAGGUUGCCAAAGAUAAGGUGGAGGCCGUCUUCCGUCACCGCCGCAUCCUCGAAUACUCCGAGCGGAUUCGUAUCGAGUUUGCCUACAUUGUCCAGGACUGCAUUGAUGCCGCUCUGCGCAAAGCUGCCAAGAUUGCGGCUGGCCGUCUGAGCGACUCUACCGACGAGGAAGUAGAGCUCGAAGUCCCGCCACCUGCUGCCGAAGAAGGCAUCUUCCCGGGCUCGUUUGAUGCCCCUUCUACCCUGGCCUUGGCCCUGCAGAACGCCGAUCUCAGCGAAGAUCCUGACAAGCGCCAACUGUCCAUGCCGCUGCACUCUCCGAGGUCAAGCAGCCCUAAGGAAUGCCCGACGCCCCGGUCCGGCCGCGGCCCCCUUGGCGGUCUGGCUGGUGCCAGUCAAUCUCGGCGCGAGUCUAUGAUCUUCGAGAGCGACGCAGGGGCGGAUAGUGACGGCAGUCUAAGGUCUUCUUCGGUAGCCUCUAGGCCGCCCCAGCGGACGGACUCUCCCAUGUCCGAAUUUGGCGAUCUUCGCCGGCAGGCGAGCUCGCGACAACACCACCGCAGGAGUCUGAUUCUCCCCGGCGCCGUGUCGCCGCGCAGGCAAGAGUCGCCCUCUCGAAGCGGACAGCCAUCCUCACCCCUGCGGAUCCACAAGCCUCGGAACCUCCCUUUCCCUUCGGACGCUCUGAUGUCUCCCGAGGCAUCGCCGAUGCUCCCGAGCAGCGAAUUCACAUCCCCCAGCAUAUCCCACACCUACCACCGCCAUCGGAGGCAGUCGUCGGCCGCGGUUUCUUCGAACCCAGGGGAGAUAGCAGCAUCGAAGCCCCCGCCUUCGCCCCGGCUGAGCGCGGUUGUGGGCGGCCCGCAGGCCAAAGCCGUCCCGCCUUCGAUCAAAGACUUCGAGAUCAUCAAGCCCAUCAGCAAGGGCGCUUUCGGCAGUGUCUACCUGUCCAAGAAGAAGUCAACUGGCGAGUAUUUCGCCAUCAAGGUGCUGAAGAAAGCCGACAUGGUGGCCAAAAACCAAAUCACAAACGUCAAGGCAGAGCGGGCCAUCAUGAUGUGGCAGGGCGAGAGCGACUUCGUUGCCAAGCUGUACUGGACCUUCUCCAGCAAGGACUACUUGUACUUGGUAAUGGAGUAUCUCAACGGAGGCGACUGUGCCUCCCUGAUCAAGGUGCUGGGCGGUCUUCCUGAGGAUUGGGUCAAGAAGUAUCUCGCGGAGGUCGUUCUCGGCGUCGAACAUCUGCACAGUCGAGGGAUCGUCCACCGGGAUCUGAAGCCCGACAAUCUGCUGAUCGACCAGAAGGGACAUCUGAAGUUGACCGACUUCGGCUUGUCGCGCAUGGGCCUUGUCGGACGCCAGAAGCGCGCGUUGAAUAGCGGCGCAGAGGCGGCCCCCGACCUCCUCAAACAGGGCCCGUUCGCUCGAUCUGCUUCGAUGGCGUCAUCCCGUUCCACUUCGCUCGACCUCCACGGCCGAAACCAGUCUCCCGGUUCUACGCCGCAAAUGACGCCGAGCGACUACGGGGCGAGCAUGGGACAGCCGUCGUACUUCAACCUGGGCGCGUACUCGCAAGAACCGCGUCGCGUCUCCAACCAACGCAGCGACAGUGGCGGGAGCGAGGCCUUGACGCAGAUGCUCGGAGGCUUGUCCCUCAAUGAGGCCCCCCAGGCGAAUGGCUCGCAGGUCGUUUUGUUCCCCGCCGAGGGCAGUGAGGCUGAUACUACCGGCUCCCCCGACCUCGCCUCGCUCUCGCACGCGACCACGCACAGCAGCGUCGAGUCCAAGGGCACCCCUCCGCAGCCGGCCAUGCCCCCGCCAAACUGGUCGCUCUUCGAUCCGGAAGACACGAACCGUCGGUUCGUGGGCACCCCUGACUACCUGGCGCCCGAGACGAUCAAGGGCGAACCGCAGGAUGAGACGAGCGAUUGGUGGUCCGUGGGGUGCAUCAUGUACGAAUUCCUGUACGGCAUUCCGCCCUUCCACGCGAGCGAGGCGGACAAGGUCUUUGAAAAUAUCCUGGCGCGCAGACUGGAGUGGCCGCCCGAGAGCGAGGACGAGGUCUCGCCGGAGGCCAAGGAUCUGAUCAAUAAGCUCCUCUGCACGGAUCCCCGCCAGCGGCUGGGAGCCAACCGCGAGGAGAAGUUCCAGUCGGGGGGUGAGGAGAUCCGCAACCACCCCUGGUUCCGAGAUGUGAACUGGGACACGCUGCUGCAGGACGAAGCCCAGUUUGUCCCGCAGCCCGAGAAUCCCGAGGAUACCGAGUAUUUCGACUCUCGUGGCGCCACCUUGCAGUCCUUUGCGGAAGAGAUCGAGGACCAGCACUCUCCGCCUGCGACUGCACCCGCGGCCGAUUACCCCGAUCGCCCGCACGACGCCCUUUCCCGCGUCCGGGCUCAGGUCAACUCGAUGAAGCGCGGCCUCAUACCAUUGCACAUUCCCCCACAUGUUCGAGACUUGAAGACCAGGCGGUUGAGCGAGCCAAUCGCCGCCGAUGACUUCGGCAACUUUUCGUUCAAGAACUUGCCCGUCCUCGAGAAGGCAAACAAGGACGUGAUCCAGAAGCUGCGGGCCGAAGCCCUGGCUGCUCAAAGCAAGACGCCCAACCUGGGCGGUCUCGGCAGCCUGACAUCUCCGGGGCCGGCGCUCGAUGGCAGCCCGACCAUCGCGAACCCAGUUCAGAGAACGCUCUCGAACGCCAAGGCAUCACACAGGCCGCAUUCUCCUUCCGCCGUGAGCCACGCAAACUCGUCUCCAAGCCGAGCCUCGCAGCCGUCGUCCCCGUUGAUGGUCUCAUUUGUCGCCGGGCCAGGGGCAGAAGGCCGGCGAAAGGCGUCAAACAAUGCCUCCAACUCAUCUCAGCCUUCCAACAACUCGCUGCAGCCAGGAAACUUCAUCGAGGUGCCCCGCGUGCCGCCUAGUUUGCAGAAAGCGGCCACCACGAUUUCCGCCACGUCGUCGCCGGUCAAAUGCAAGGGAGGCGCACCCGCUCCGCUGGCCCUUCCGGGGCAGAAGGCCGUGCCGAACCACGUCAUGUCCACGCCCCGGCACAGCAGCAGCUCGUCCGGCGGUCGUUCACGCUCGCUCACGGUUGGCUCACAGGAAGGGAGCCCCGUGACCACGGACAUGCUGGCGGCUCAUCACCGGAACCGCCGCAGUCAGGUGUUCGACAUGUCGCCGUCGUCUUCAGACAACGAGGCGGACAAGGCAAACGCGCUGCUCAGGGUGCAGCGACGCCGUCAAAGCUCGCGGCGCAUGUCGUAUAUCGCCGCGGGAGAUGGUCCCGUUUUCCGGCCUCUGGAUGUGCUCAUUUGCGAUGGCCAUCCCGUCUCCCGGAUGGUGAUGGAGAAGCUGCUCGAGAAGCUGCGCUGCCGCACCAUCUCAGCGGCGACCGGUAGCGAAGCGAUCCGCUAUGCGAUGAGCGACAUCAAGUUUGACAUCAUGUUCCUGGAGUUUGAGCUCCCGCAGCUCUCCGGGUCCGACGUCGCGCGCAUGAUACGCGAUACGAAGCACACCAACACGCACACCCCCAUGGUCGCCAUCACCUCGUACCUGAAGGAGCUGCCUGCGCCUCAGUACUUUGACUCGCUCGUGGAAAAGCCCAUCAGCUCGUCGAAGCUCACGGAGGUGUUGAGUACGCUCUGCCACUGGAAACCUCCGGCGCCCGAUCAGACCAACUCGUUGUCUCUGACGCUGCCGCACCCCGUCCCGUCCGGCCUGCGUCAAGAGAGCCUGCGUGUCGAAGACAGUCCGACGUCGGCCUCGUCCGGCUACGCGAUUCGGUCGGGCAGCAGCUUCCGCGAGGACUCGAUCAGCUCCAGCCUCUUCGGCGACUCGGAGUCCGUCGCGACCGACGACAUCCCGGUCCUCAUCAGCAGGAAAGCGACGGGCGACUGGGACGAGGGCGGGCUCGGCAUUACCGGGCCCGAGGAGACCCUCUUGGGCUCGAGCAACGCAGCGCAAUUCCCGCUGCUCCCUCGCCUCGUCACACAGCAAUCGGCACCCCCGCAGAUUGACUCGUCGCCGAUCCGCGCGAAGGGGCCCGUCCCGCAGCGCUUGCUGGAGAAACUGAAAGCGAAGCGCGAGUCGAUGGAGAAGCGCAGGUACGAAGGCAGCGUCGACUCGGCCGACGACGAGGACGACGAGCUCGGCCUCGGCGCGACCCCCAGCCAGACAAGCAGCGGGAGCGGGAGCGGCAGCGGCAGCGGCAGCGGGAGCGGCAGCAGCCCCGGAUCGCCGUCGGGCCAACCGUUCCGCAGCAAGCCGGUGCUGCCGUCGUCCAAGCUCGGCAUCGAGAUGAUGCGCGCGAACAGCCACGACAGCUUGACCGCCGGCACGGAGAGCGUCAGCACCGUGGAACCGGCCACCCAGGUGGUCACGCCGAGUCAAGAGGCGCAACUGCAACUCGGCUUCAUCCCCCAGCACGACCCGGCGGCGGACGGUGACCCCGCAACGCCGGGCUGUAGUCCUGCUGCCGCCGAGGCCCGCCGCCACUACCCGCCGCCUGCCGUCUUGCGCACCCCGCCGGGUCUCGAGUCAGGCGUGGUGAGCAACCAGCCCUACCUCGACGUCGACGAGACGCCGCGGCCGAGCUCGUCGCUCGGGGGGCGGGACCUGGUCGAGGACGAGGACCCGACCCCGCGGCGCCCGCCGGUGAGGACUGCCGACAGGGACGAUACUAUGUCACCGUUUCCCGGCGCCAUUUGAGCUCUGACCUUAACGGCUAGAAGAACACGUGGACCGGCCGAUUGGGGGGGCAGCAGGCGUGGCUCUACAGAUGCUCAUCUGCUGCUACUACAACACCACCACAAGAGGACAACACUACUUCACGACUCAGCAUCAUCGCCAACUUGCUUGCUUUGAUGCUAUCUUGCUGCCAUUUUCAUCAAUCUGUCUUGC